AGCAACUUACCUAAUUGAUAUGAAGAGAAAUUAGUUCAUAUUUCUGUCUUUGUAGAUGUAAAAGAAAUCCAAAAGAGAGAGAUAGAGAAAUCCUAGAAUCCUGUAAAGAGAAGAUUCACACACCCCCCGAAAUCAGUGGCUUAUGGAAGAGGGUUAUACAGAGAUGUUAAUUGGCAGAGGGUGGUGUUUAAUUAAUAACAUAUGGCAUAUCGGAGAGGGGUUCCGAUAUAGGCUUCUAUAGCUUCCAAUCGUAACAAUGGUCAAGUUUUUAAAGAAACAAAAUGGCCGCUCCCACAUCCUGGCCCAAGGAUAAAGAAGAUCGAACAGUCCAAGGUGGAGAACUCAAUUCAGAGUUGGGGGACUACAAAGAUUCGCUGGCACAUACUUCAUUAUCCAGUCUGACAAAUGAAGUCUCCCAUUUAUCUACAAGAGAGUUAUUAGACGAAGCCAGAGUGAUAGCCACCAUUCCUACUAAGGUUUAACCUCGGUAUAGAGUAUCAUGUGGGGGAUUUAAUGAAGUGUGGAUUAGUGGAAGAGAAAACGCCAUCAGACGUAUUGACCUGAAUGGAUGUGAACUGGAUUCUGUUCCCACCACGUGUACAGCUUAUCCUGGCGACAUCUCGGUGACCAGACAGGGAGACCUGAUAUACAGUGAUUCUGGCAAUGAAAGAGUGAACGUAGUCAGAGGUGGGAAGACGGAGGUACUGUUCACCACACCACAGGGCUGGAAACCAUACACAUUGUGCUGUACAAGGUCAGGGGACAUAAUGGUUUGUGUGUGUAGAGAGAAACUAAACAAAAUUUUACGUUAUGAAGAAAAUAUCAUGACAGAGGAAAUAGAUAACGAUGAAAAUGGAAUAAUGAUCUCAAGGCCAGGAGAUAGAAUAAACUUUGUUUCAGAAAAUAACAAUGGAGACAUCUGUGUCUCUGAUGGGAAUGUAAACAUCGUGAUUGUGGUGGACAAGAAAAGAAGAGUACGAUUCCGAUACGAUGGUACACCAGCCAGAAAGGAGAAGAAAUUUAGUCCUAGACACAUAGUGACAGACUCCAAUAGUCACAUUAUGGUGGCAGAUUAUAAUAAUGCCUGUCUACACAUCCUAGAUCAGGAUGGACGUUUCUUGAGUUGUGUGGAUGGAUUAGAUCAACCUAAUGGAAUGAGUCUGGACAGAGAGGGGAGGUUGUGGGUAGGCGUAGCUAGUUCAGGAGACGUGAAAGUAAUUCAGUACAUUAAAUAAACAUAGAUCUGUGACUGAAACAGUUCGGUUUCUACAUUCCAAGUAUUUGUACAAGUACGUGUGUCGAUUGGUUAAUGGAUUGAUUGUAUGUAACAGUCAGUUCCUGUAUUGAUGGAGUGUACUUAUUACAUUUUCAGCGAUGACAUGUUCUGAAGUUUACUGGUGGGGAACUUUCAUA